AUGCAUUUUGAACAAUCAGCCAUAUUAACAGUACACACUCACGUGAUAACGAGAAAUCCAAGAAUUUCCGUUUCGCACGACAAACAUCGUACCUGGAUAUUACACAUAAAUAACGUUCAAGAAGAAGAUAAAGGAAGGUACAUGUGUCAAAUAAAUACAGUCACGGCCAAAACUCAAUUUGGCUAUUUACACGUCGUCGUGCCACCAAACAUUGACGAUUCUUUAAGUAGUUCUGACGUCAUCGUAAGAGAAGGUGCAAAUGUUACUUUAACAUGUCACGCAUCCGGUUCUCCAAUUCCAAACGUUAAAUGGAAAAGAGAUGAUGGAUCGAAAAUAAAUAUAAAUAAAUCACUUUCAGUAAACGAAUGGGAAGGUGGAAUACUAGAACUUAGUCGUAUUAGUCGACUAGAUAUGGGGGCUUAUUUAUGUAUUGCAUCAAAUGGUGUACCACCAACCGUUAGCAAAAGGAUUAAAGUUAGCGUCGAUUUUCCACCCAUGUUAUGGAUACCACAUCAAUUGGUUGGAGCACCGCAAGGUUAUAGCGUUUCACUCGAAUGUUAUACAGAAGCUCAUCCAUCAUCUUUAAAUUAUUGGACAAGAGAAGAUGGACACAUGAUACACGAAAGUAAAAAAUACAGAGCUGAAAACACUGUCGGUGUUCCAUCGUAUAAAACUCACAUGAAAUUAACCAUUUCUAACGUUCAGGAUAAAGAUUAUGGAACGUAUAAAUGCGUGGCAAAAAAUCCGAGAGGAGAAACGGAUGGAACUAUACGUUUAUACAAUAAGUUUAGGUUUUGGGUUGUGGUGGAGUUUUUAGUCACAAUGAAAUUUAAUUGGAGUUCAUUUGAAAAACUUUUUUUUUUUUUUUUCGAGGGAACUGAUGGAAUAAAAUGGGGAGGUUGGGAAAAUGAAAAAACUCGACGAAAAUUGCUAAUUUUUGUACAGUAA